AUCAAUUUAACUAUCAAAAGCGUGAACAUCUUAUUUAAUAUCCCCCCGAUUUUUAACAAUUCUAAAGCACUAUUUCACAAAAAUUGGUCAAAAUGCGUACCACAUCUUUCUCUACGGUCGUUUUAACUUUAACAUUUCUCCUCAUAAGUUUCUGUAAUGUUUUUGCGGAAAAUUCCGGCCGUGUGACUAAAAAUCUGGUCACGGAUUCACCUCAGGAUUGGGUUUGGUCCAAGAAAGUUGGACCAUUGGCGAAGCAAUAUGUUGGCAUUACUCAAUUCAUGAGUUUCAUAAAUUUUCUGGAAUACUGCCACAAAAAUGGGAUGCAACCCGCUGAAGUUACUUCGGCCGAGGAGAACAAUGCCCUGAUCCAGUAUUUGGACGACUUUGAAAACCCGAAAUACUUUUGGCUCGGAGGGGCGGAUAUUGGUCGGGAAGGUCGUUACUACUGGAUCGCGUCCCUGCAGGAAUUUAACUACACGAGUUGGGGUCAAGGUUACCCGAACGGCGGGAGGGAAGAAAACUGUGCCACGAUUUAUGGCGGUGAUGGUACUUGGUUCGACCAAUACUGCGAUAACGACCAGAUUUGGCCUAUUUGUCAAAUCGUUACGGAAUAGUUGGUAAAUAUAUAUGUAUUUGGAGCACAUAUUAUCAAAAAAAUAUUACCAUUUGGCAUAGAAAGUUACAUACAUUUAAUGAUCAAUAAAAUACUAUAAUUUAAUCAAGAA